AUGGCCAAACUAAAGAAGCGAAGAGCAUCUGCAGCUGCCCCCGAGCUGAAAGCCUCGUCAGCGGAGAGCACUGAAAAGCGAGCACGCCAAGACCCUCCUGUCAGAGCCAAGAGGAAGCUGGCGAGAAGGAAGGAAGUUGUCCCCCCAACCGAUGCUCAGGACGAGGCCAAGGCACCUGUUGCAGAUUUAGCCGAGGAGCCUGAGCAGAAGCUCUUUCGGACAAACACCUCCUUUUCAAAACUAGGUCUGGCGAAGUGGAUCGUCGACACAUGUGGAAAGCUGGGCAUGAACUACCCCACUGAUAUUCAGGCCAUGGCGAUCCCACCUGUGCUGUCUGGUAAGAACAUCGCCGGAAAUGCACGUACUGGCAGCGGCAAGACCGCAUGCUACAGCCUGCCUAUUCUACACUUCCUGUCUAAGGAUCCUUACGGCAUUUUUGCCUUGAUCCUCGUGCCUGUACGAGAGCUCGCAUUUCAGGUCGCAGACAACUUCCGUGCCAUGGGCCAGGCUAUCCACGUCAGCGUCGGAGAGAUUGUCGGCGGACGUGAUUUCUCCAUUCAGAGCAGGCUGAUUGCGGAUCGGACCCAUGUUUUGGUGGCUACGCCUGGAAGGCUGGCGGACCUCUUGCGCGGCGAUUUUGCUUUGGCUCGGGCUUUUCGAAAGUUGCAUACUUUCGUCCUGGACGAAGCAGAUCAGCUCCUUACGGAGACCUUCGAGGAUCCUUUGAGUCGAAUCCUGGAAGUGCUUCCGGAGUCACGGCAGACUUUAUUCUUCUCGGCCACCAUUACCGAGUGCAUCGAGAGGUUGAGGAAAGGAAAAGAUCUAAUGCUGGUCGACGCGAACCCCAAUGAGGAGACCCUUCAGAACCUGACUCAACUGUAUGUGUUUGUCCCCAAGUCCGUGCAGGUGAACUAUCUGCACUUUCUGUUGAAAUCACACUUCCCAGAUGAGAGCUGCAUAAUCUUUGCGCAGACCAUCGAGGAAUGCCAGAUGUAUACCACGAUGUUGGAUAUCUUAGGCUUUGCAGUUACAGGCUUACAUUCACUGCAGUCACAAAGGCAACGACUUGCAAGUUUGGGGAAAUUCCGCGCAAGUCGUGCCAGCAUUCUGCUGGCCACUGAUGUAGCCAGCCGAGGCUUAGAUAUCCCAAUGGUUGGCGUCGUGAUCAAUGUUGGGUUGCCUUUCGACCCAGCUUCCUACGUCCAUCGUGCUGGCCGCACUGCACGUGCGGGACGACCUGGAAAGGUGGUUUCUCUCAUGUCCGAGCUGGAUGUGCCCCGUGUGCAGGGCAUCGAGAAGAGGAUCGGCAAGCAGCUGCAGCUCUUGCCGACCAAAGAGGAAGAGGCGAUCAAGCUUCUCUCCAGAACGACGAAAGCAUAUCAACGCGCGGAGCUGCUGCUGUCAGAGGUGGGUUUCACAGACCAGGUUGCCGAGCACCGCGGAGCGCAGCAUGCCUCCAAGAAAUCCCGCAAGCUACCUAAAGCUAAGCCCAGCAGAAAAAAGUUGGCAACUUCGUAG